AUGGCAACUGCUCCAGGGUACGACCUAGAAGAGUUUAGGAAAAAGCUAAUCCAAGAGGCCAAGACAGAACUGGAACUACGCGGCAAAGAACUGGCCGCCUAUGUGCAGCAGAUGGUGGCGGCAGAAACAGAACGCUUAGAGAAGGAGAGGAUAAGAGAAACAGACCGCAGAGAGCGGGAACGAGUCAGAGAAGCUGAAAGAGCCAGAGAAAAAGAAAAAGAAGAGGCAGACCGCAGAGAGCGGGAACGAGUCAGAGAAGCUGAGAGAGCCAGAGAAAAAGAAGAGGCAGACCGUGUAGAACGGGAGAAGGUUAGAGAGGCGGAACGUGUAGAGAGGGAGAAGAAAGAAGAGGCGGACAGAAAAGUGAGAAUUCAAGUUGAACAGAUGAGGAUAGAGGCUGGUGUAAGUGUGCCCACCGAAGGAAACAGCAACAAUAGUGCCAACAUAGAAAGCCAUAGUAGCGCCGCAUGGAUGAAAAAGAAAAUCCAACCGUUUGCGGAAGACAAGGACGACAUCGGGGACAAGUAA